GCCGCCACUUUCCCUUUCUUUCGUUUCCAUCUUUUUCCGAUCCCUUUUUUUGUUUUUUUUUGGACCGUUUAGACAUGGCUUCCCAAACGCUCCUCCUCAUCAUCUUCAUCCUCCUACCGUCCAUCUGCCCCAUACGUGCGGACCUACCCGGCAGGUGGGAGCUGCUCCUCGCCAACGCUGGAAUUUCCUCCAUGCAUACGGCGGUAACCCGUUACGGCACGGUCGUCCUCCUCGACCGAACCAACAUCGGCCCCACCCGAAAACUCCUCCCGAAACACAACUGCCGCUACGACCCGUACGACAAGGUCCUCCGCCGCGACUGUUACGCACACUCCGUCCUCUUCGACCCCGCCACCAACCAGAUCCGACCGUUGAAAAUCCUCACCGACACGUGGUGCUCAUCCGGCCAGUUCCUCCCAGACGGCACCCUGCUCCAGACCGGCGGCGAUCUCGAUGGCAACCGAAAGUUUCGGAAAUUCGCCACGUGUCCGCCCGAGGAGCUCUGCGACUGGGUCGAGCUGAAGACACCCGAGCUCGCAAACGGCAGGUGGUACGCCACGAACCAGAUAUUACCGGACGGGUCGGUCAUCAUAGUCGGUGGCAGUGCGGCCAACACCGUCGAAUUCUACCCUCCGUCCACCCGCUCCGUACAGAUUCUCCCCUUCCUUGCUGAAGCCGCAGACACUCAGAUGGACAACCUGUAUCCGUACGUCCACCUCCUCCCAGACGGACACCUGUUCAUAUUCGCGAAUACGAAAUCCAUACAAUACGAUUACAAAUACAACAGAAUUAUACGGUUUUAUCCGCAACUCGAGGGGGGCCCGCGCAACUACCCAUCCGCGGGAUCAUCGGCGAUGCUGGCCCUCAAUUUCGAAAGGGGGAAUUUCUUAACGGCCGAGAUCGUCAUCUGCGGCGGAGCGAGAUACGGAGCCUUCAUCGAGAGGAGCACCGACGCCCCGGCGUACGGUAGCUGCGGUCGCAUUGUAGCAACCGACGCCGAUCCUGCCUGGGCGAUGGAGGAUAUGCCUUACGGGAGGAUCAUGGGAGAUAUGGUGCUCCUCCCGACUGGAGACGUACUGAUCAUCAACGGCGCGCAGGCCGGCACGCAGGGGUUCGAGCUGGCGUCCGAGCCGUGCCUGAACCCGGUCCUGUACAGGCCGGACGAGCCGAUCGGCCUCCGGUUCAUGACGCUGAACCCGACCACCGUGCCGCGGAUGUAUCACUCGACGGCGAACCUGCUGCCGGACGGGAGGAUCCUCAUCGCCGGCAGCAACCCGCAUUACUUCUACAAGUUCGGCGGGGAGUUUCCGACGGAGCUGAGGCUGGAGGCGUUCUCACCGGAGUAUCUGUCGCCGGACCGAACAAAUCUACGGCCGGCCAUCGUUGAGAUGCCCGUAACGUUCCGAUACGGAGAGAGUUUCGUGUUGACUGUAACGGUGCCGCUGCCGGUUGUGGGGAUAAUAGAGGUGAAUCUCGCGAGCGCGCCGUUUUCAACGCACUCGUUCUCGCAGGGGCAAAGACUGGUGAAACUGGGAGUUUCGCCCGCCGUGCCGGUAUCGGGUAUCGAUGGCGGUACGUAUCGUAUCGGUUGUAGGGCUCCGCCGGACGGGAGAGUGGCGCCGCCUGGCUAUUACAUGGUAUUCGCGGUGAAUCAGGGGGUGCCGAGCGUGGCCAGGUGGGCCCAGAUCAUCUUGUAAAUAAAAAUACGUUUCGGGAAUUGGGAGAAGCACACUCGCGCACUUUCACUAUAGUGGUUUUUGUCGUGCAUUGGCUGAAAUCGAUUGUGUACCGAGAAAACUCAGUUGGGACCAAAAUUGAAGUAUAUUCAAAGCACAGUUAGAUCACAUCACAUGAAAGUUAAAGCCCUUCAAGGUCCUACAGUGA